GGACGAAUGUGUGCACGGCUCGGCCACCUCCUCCUGCUGGGGGCAAAGGGCAGGCAGCUUGCAUCUGGACCCGGGAGCUUUCGGACUUCUGGCCAUGGCAGAAGCUGAGUGGGAGUCUCUGGAGCGCUGCUUAGAGAAGCAUAUUCCGCCCGCAGAGUUGCGAAACGUGAAGCGCGUUCUCUAUGGAAAGGAGACCAGGAAGCUUGAUCUGCCUAGCAGAGCUUUUGAGGCCGCCUCCAAGGAAGACUUUGAACUGCAAGGAUAUGCCUUUGAGGCAGCCGAGGAGCAGCUGAGACCACCCCGCAUCACACGAGUGGGGCUAGUUCAGAACAGAACACCCCUCCCUGCAGACACCCCUGUGGCAGAACAGGUCUCCGCCCUUCACAGACGCAUCGAGGCCAUUGUAGAGGUGGCUGCAGCGUGCGGAGUCAACAUCAUCUGUUUCCAGGAAGCGUGGACUAUGCCCUUUGCCUUCUGCACGAGAGAGAAGCUUCCCUGGACAGAAUUUGCCGAGUCAGCGGAGGACGGGCCCACCACCAGAUUCUGUCAGAAGCUGGCAAAGAAGCAUGACAUGGUGGUGGUGUCCCCCAUCCUCGAACGUGACGGAGAGCACGGGGAUGUUUUGUGGAACACAGCCGUGGUGAUCUCUAAUUCUGGAGCAGUCCUGGGAAAGACCAGAAAGAACCACAUUCCCAGAGUGGGUGACUUCAACGAGUCAACUUACUACAUGGAGGGGAACCUAGGCCACCCCGUGUUCCAGACGCCAUUUGGACGGAUCGCUGUGAACAUCUGCUAUGGGCGGCACCACCCUCUCAACUGGCUCAUGUACAGCAUCAACGGGGCUGAGAUCAUCUUCAACCCAUCGGCCACCAUCGGAGCACUCAGCGAGUCCCUAUGGCCUGUGGAGGCCAGAAACGCAGCCAUUGCCAACCAUUGCUUCACCUGCGCCAUCAACCGCGUGGGCAAGGAACUCUUCCCAAAUGAGUUUACCUCUGGAGACGGAAAGAAAGCUCACCGUGAGUUUGGCUACUUCUAUGGCUCAAGCUACGUGUCAGCUCCUGAUGGCAGCCGGACUCCUGGGCUGUCACGUUGCCAGGAUGGGCUGCUGGUUGCUGAACUCAACCUCAACCUCUGCCGGCAGAUGAAUGACAUCUGGAACUUCAAGAUGACCGGCAGGUUUGAGAUGUAUGCACGGGAGUUCGCUGAAGCCGUCAAACCCAACUACACCCCGAACAUCGUCAAGGAGUAGCUGGCUGCAGCCCCUGUCUGCCUUGGGGUGGGGGGAUCCCUCUGUGCCCAGUGGAUUGGCAAACAUGGCAGGUUUAACACGCCCAAGUUGUACCUGAUAACGUUGUUGCCCAGAUUGGUUUCAAAAUGUUGCAGGGAUGGGGAAGGUGGGACGGGGAAGACGGGGAAGUCACUACUUCACGGGUACAGGGUGGCCUUCAAGGGUGUCAGAAGUGUUUGGGGACUAGAUAAAGAUGAUAAACAUUGCAGAUGUGCUGAGUGCCA